CAAGGAUAUCGAAGGAGAGGGUUCUGAUAACCAACUAUCCGCCUCACUAUAUAACUCUAGACAUGGCCCUCAACAAUGUAGCCAUAUCGCCCACAAGAUGACUCGAACUACGUCUACAACUGACCACUGGCGCACGCUCGUUGCCCGAAAGCGCGAACAGCUGGAUGCACAGAUCCCCUCCGAAUGGCGUCUACCUCAGAAGUUUCUAGCGGCAGUCCCCGCCAAUGGCCGACUCAUUGACGCUGAUGUUAUCCGUGGCAGUGGUAUUCUUUCGGACCUUGAGCUGGACAUUACACAAAACUAUUCCGCAGGCGAGCUGCUAGUGAAUCUGUCAAAGGGGGUCAUAAGCUCUGUGGAAGUGACCACGGCGUUCUGCAAACGGGCAGCCAUUGCUCAGCAGCUUACAUCAUGUUUGACCGAACAUUUCUUCCAACGGGCUAUUGAGCGCGCUCAAUUCCUGGAUGACUAUUUCCAGCGAGAGAAGAAACCACUCGGGCCUCUACACGGCCUUCCUAUUAGCAUCAAGGAUAGUUUCUGUGUGGAGGGGAUUCCGAGUACCGUCGGAUAUGUCUCAUUCAUGGAAAAGGGACCGGCUUCGCAUAAUUCAGCUAUCGUUGACAUGCUACUCAAUCUCGGCGCUGUCCUAUAUGUUAAGACGAAUAUCCCACAGACGAUGAUGACAGGAGACUCCGAUAACAAUAUAUUCGGUCGUACCCUGAACCCCCACAACAUUCAUUUGACUGCCGGCGGGUCAAGUGGAGGGGAGGGUGCUCUCGUAGCAUUUCGCGGCUCCAUUCUAGGAAUCGGUACUGAUAUCGCAGGAUCAAUUCGCAUUCCAUCCCUCUGCUGCGGGGUUUAUGGUUUCAAACCUACCAUCGACCGCAUCCCCUGGGGCGGCCAGGUCGCCGAUCUAGCCAUGGAAGGCAUUCCUGGUCUCAAACCCUCUGCCGGCCCACUCGCUCAUACUCUGGACGAUCUCGAACUAUUCAUGUCCACUAUUCUAAACGCCGAACCCUGGAAAUAUGACUGCACCGCCAGCGCAGCACCAUGGUAUCCACAACCCUCUGGCGAUCAACCCAGGCAGCUUACCAUCGGUGUCCUCCCCGAGAGCAAGGACUUCCCGCUCCAUCCUCCCGUCAAAAGAACACUGCAGACUGCUAUAACUGCCCUGCAACAAAAGGGACACCGGGUCUUGCAGCUCCCCGAGGAUCCCGCCCUGGACAUCGCAUACGCAAAUCGACUCGCAUUUCAAUAUUUCAUUUACGGCCCACACAUUGAUCACAUCGCAUCCAGCGGCGAACCGCCCGUGCCAUCCGUAGCGAAGAUGUCUUCACCAAUGUUCACGGGCCCAUUCCCGGUAAGCAUGGACCUACCCCCAUUUGAGACGAUCGACGCAUUGCACGUUGCUCGACAGGGAUAUGCAGAUGCCUGGCGAAAGACCUGGGUGGAGAACAGCCUGGAUGUCCUUCUUGCGCCAGGGGCCCAGAAUACGGCUGUUCCGCAUGAUACCUUUGGAUGGCCACCUUAUACGUUGGUCUGGAAUUUACUUGAUUAUCCUGCUUGCAUUAUUCCGUACGGCAAGGCUUCACAGCAGCUUGAUUAUGACCCGAUGGCCGUUACUGAUGGUGUUCAGCCUAGUUAUGAUCCGGAUGCUGUCGAUGGAGCUCCCUGUGCUAUCCAGGUUAUUGCGCCUCGAUUCCAGGACGAGAAGUGUCUUGCGGCUGCGCGGAUUAUUGACCGGGACAUUCAGUGA